UAAAAAAGGAUCUUAUUAAGUAGAUGUCGGAUUUCAGCGCGACAAAGUUCGGCCGAUGCUGGUCGUCUCUUGAGUUCGGCAAGCAGCCUCAGCGGAAUCAGGUUGUCAGUGAGACGGUGCACGGCGCCCAGCUCGCCGCCGCCGCGCAGUCUGCGAACUGUGUAACCUGCGUCGAGGGGAACAAGGUCUGCAAGUGUGGGAAAGAUACUGAAGUCUUGAACUUGCAGAGUGAACACCAUGCAAAGGCUACCAGCUCCUUCACUCACUCGGUGAUCAAUAUGAUCGGGAUGCUAAUAGGACUUGGUCAGCUGUCUACUCCAUAUGCUUUGGAGAAUGGAGGGUGGAGCUCGGUGUUCCUGCUGGUGGGGCUUGGAGUUAUGUGUGCCUACACCUCACAUAUCAUAGGGAAGUGCCUCGAAGAGGAUUCCAGCUCCAAGACCUACCAAGACAUCGGGCAGCAAGCUUUUGGGGCGAAAGGAAGGAUCAUAGCUUCCACCCUCAUCUACUUGGAGAUCUUCUUCGCCCUCGUAUCCUACACCAUCUCGCUGAGCGAUAACCUGCCCUUGGUGCUCUCCGGCGUGCAUGCCCAUAUUUCAUGGCUGCCUCUGUCGGCGUCGCAGCUGCUGACAGUCGUCGCGGUGCUGGUUGCGCUCCCCACCCUCUGGCUGAGGGACCUGUCUUCCAUCUCCUUCCUCUCCUUUGGUGGAAUCGUCAUGUCGCUCCUCAUCUUCGUCACCAUCGCCUGCACCGCAGCGUUCGGCGGUGUGAGGGGGAACCACAGCAUCCCUCUGCUUCAGCUUCGCAAGAUCCCAGGGAUCUCUGGGCUCUACAUCUUCAGCUACGCCGGUCAUAUCGUCUUCCCUAACAUAUACACCGCCAUGAAGGACCCUUCCAAGUUCACCAAGGUUUCCAUCGCGAGCUUCACCACCGUCACCAUGCUCUACACCGCUCUCGCCUUCAUGGGCGCCAAGCUUUUCGGGCCGGCCGUCAGCUCGCAGAUCACCCUCAGCAUGCCUCCCCACCUCAUCGCCACCAAGAUCGCGCUGUGGGCGACGGUGCUGACGCCGAUGACCAAGUACGCCCUCGAGUUCUCUCCCUUCGCCAGCCAACUCGAGCACAAGCUUCCUUCCACCAUGAGCUCCAGGGCGCGGAUGGUGAUAAGGGGCAGCGUGGGCUCCAUCCUGCUGCUGGUGAUCCUGGCGCUGGCCCUCUCCCUCCCUUACUUUGAGCACGUCCUCAGCCUCACCGGCUCCCUCGUGAGCAUAGCCAUUUCGCUGAUCUUCCCCUGUGCCUUCUACCUUAAGAUCUGCUGGCCUCAGGUCUCCAAGCCCACGGUUGUCCUCAACGGAGUACUAAUAGUCCUCGGAGCUCUCCUGGGCGUGGUGGGAACGAUCUCUUCUUCCAAGGCACUCAUCCAAAGCAUUCAGAGAGGCCAUUCACUUUGAGCUUGCGAACUGUUGUUCUAUCUACCAAUCAACAUGAAGAGUGCUAUGCAUGAAGCUUCAUCGUCUGUUCGGGCCAAUUAUAUGAUUAUGAUGAUGAUGAUGGUAUAAAUACAAAUACUCCAAUUUCCUGGAAAG